AAUGUAACAAAUAAAUUUAAUGUUACAGUUACCGAAAAAAAAUCGAAAAUCUAUCAUUUUUUUGUUAAAUUUUCAGUUAUCUCGAUUUUCAUAAAAUGUCUGCCUAUAAGUUAGGCAGUAUCCGGAGAACAGAAUGGGAGACCAAGGCACGCAAGACAUGGUUAGACAUGGAGGCUGUAAACAAGUUGCGCGAGGACUGGUGCGAUUAUAUUUACAGUCUGCCCAAGACGCCUUAUGAAUUGCAACUGGCCAAAGCUAGAGCGAAUCAAGCCCUCGAGCUGGUCAGGAGCAAACAAAAGGCGGUCUUGGCGAAGGCUGUAUCCCCACCGAAAAGCGACCACCGCCCACUUACCGCUCUGCACAACUCGCCACGAACCACGAGCCGAAUGAAACAAGUUAUCGAGACCAGAAUGCAGGGAUCCAAAAUUAAAGAGCCCAAGUCAGAGUACAACCUGUGUCCCAGAUGUGGUCUCGUUAGGGACUCAAUAUGGAAUCACCAGCACGCCGAACAAAGACUUAAGAAAUUAUUAGCACAACAUCCUAGUUUGCUUCCGAAAAGAAGGUCUAGAAAGUUAACAAGUCAGCUGCCUGUUCUAUAACAUUUCUUAAGUGAAAGUCAAUUGUUCAAUUGUACUUUAGUUCGUAUAAUCAUUAAAUAUGGUUAAUAAAGUAUAAGAAACGGUGA